AUGUAUAAUCACCUGCAGGCGGCUCAGAGCGAAGUCGGGAAUACACGAAGUCAAAUCUUAGCGAUAGAGAAGGUGUUACAACAGGAGCGGAAGGCAAGCGAACUCUUCAACCAGCAGUUUAUGGAGCUGCAAGAAUGUCACGACAAACUUUUAAAAGAGUAUGAGAGUUGUGUGAAAGUCCAGGAAGAUCUCAACAAAUCUGCAAAAGAAUCUCGGAUGUUUGCCGAUGAGGUUGCUAGGCGAGCCGAAAGCCUAUUGAAUAGCUCUCCAGCCAGGCUGGCUGGAGGCGAUGUGGAAGGGUCGCAGAGUGGUCAAAGUAUCAGUGGAAUCCUUUUAGAGUCUGCCAAGAACGCUCUGCUUGUACAGGCAAUUUCCAGUCAGCAUUUGGAAGACGAAAAUUUUACACAAUUGAGGUAUGUUAUGGAUCAAAAUGUGGAUUUCCAGCACCACAACAUGGAGCUUCGUGAGCAAAUCCAGACUCUAUCCCAACAAGUUGAAGAUGGAAAGAAUGAGGUAGCAAGCCUGAAUAAGGCUCUCGAAAUUGCAACGGAAGAUAGACGACGAAAGAGAUCUCGACGAGGAAAGUCAUUGGCAGGGCAGCACUAG